CGGGCGCCCCUGAGUGGGCAGCGGCGGCGGCAGCAGACUCCUCUCCCGGGAGUCCAGGACCUGCCAGCGCUGGGGAUUCUUCCCGAAGAGGCGCUUGCCCUCUCGUUUAUGGAGCUUGGGCCCCUGCCACAGCCCGGUAGAGGCUGUGGAGGUCCACCGUCCGGAAGCCUGGUUCCCAGCCCCGUGGCCCAUUCCUGGCUACGGGCAGUGGAGGCUCCCACGAGGUAGCGGUGGCCUGCAGCGGUCCCCUCCCGGCAGUGAAGCAUGGGCCAGAAGCUCUCGGGGAGCCUCAAGUCGGUGGAGGUGCGAGAGCCCGCGCUGCGGCCGGCCAAGCGGGAGCUGCGGGGUGCAGAGCCCGGGCGGCCGGCGCGGCUGGACCAGCUGUUGGACAUGCCAGCGGCGGGGCUAGCUGUGCAGCUGCGGCAUGCGUGGAACCCCGAGGACCGCUCGCUCAACGUCUUCGUCAAGGAUGACGACCGGCUCACCUUCCACCGGCACCCGGUGGCCCAGAGCACCGACGGCAUCCGCGGCAAGGUGGGCCACGCCCGCGGCCUGCACGCCUGGCAGAUCAACUGGCCAGCUCGGCAGCGCGGCACCCACGCUGUAGUUGGUGUGGCCACGGCCCGUGCUCCCCUGCACUCCGUGGGCUACACUGCGCUGGUGGGCAGUGACGCCGAGUCGUGGGGCUGGGACCUGGGCCGCAGCCGCCUCUACCACGACGGCAAGAACCGGCCCGGCGUGGCCUACCCGGCCUUCCUGGGGCCCGACGAGGCCUUCGCGCUGCCCGACUCGCUGCUCGUGGUGCUGGACAUGGAUGAAGGCACACUCAGCUUCAUCGUGGACGGCCAGUACCUGGGGGUGGCCUUCCGAGGUCUCAAGGGCAAGAAGCUGUACCCGGUGGUGAGUGCCGUGUGGGGCCACUGCGAAGUCACCAUGCGCUACAUCAACGGCCUUGACCCGGAGCCCCUGCCACUGAUGGACCUGUGCCGGAGAUCCGUCCGCUCGGCCCUGGGCCGCCAGCGCCUGCGGGACAUCAGCUCCCUGCCCUUGCCUCAGUCUCUCAAAAACUAUCUGCAGUACCAGUGAGCCGGGCCUGACAGGCAGCACAGACACACAACGCAGGGCCCGGCCCGCCUGUCAUUCACAGUCCCGUGGCACAUAGGGGAAAGGAUCCACCCUUCCUCCGGCUCCCCAGGACACUCAGUUCUUUCAAAGACCAGGAUGUGGUAUCAACUUUGGAAACGAAAGGUCUGUUGCCAACAGUAUCUACUGCCCUCGAGGCAGCCCUCCCGAGUCAGACACCUCCUUCGGAGCCACAGAGAGCCUGGAGUCUGCACCUGCUGGAAAUCCUGCCACCAACCAGGACACAGCAGCCACUGUAUUGAUCAGAGAGCCUGUUUCCUUAUUCAAGAGAAUGAAUAAAACAUUUAGGCAGGAGACUUUCUAUUGCGUACCCUGUUGCAGACAGGGCCAGGGAGAAAUUAGCCAGUGCAGGGAGAAAAUUGCCUCUGAAUAAUGAAUGAUGAAAGCAGCCUGACGCUGUGCCCCUCCUGGCCCACACCCCUUGCCAGGGCAGCAGGAUGGUCAUGCCAUUGUAGGACUUUGUGCCACUUUGAGGGACUAUUCCCAGGAGGCCCAACCGCAGACCUGGCAAGUGGACAGUGCAGUGUGGAGACACCCUCCGGCUUACCUCUUUGAACGUUGUUUACCUACCCCUUUCCACAUGCCCCGCUUCCCAGCCACUGACUCACAGUUCUCUGGAUGCCCAGACACCUCUCUUCAGGGAAGAGGAGUCUGACUGGUUCGCCCCAGGGAAGAGCAUAUCCUUACCAUUAUUUUAAGUAGCAUUUGCAUUUUAAAAGAGGAAUGCAGAGAGGACAGUACUUAGUCCAAAGGUGCUAACAGGGGAACGGGGGAACCGGGGGCAUGGUGACACCCAAGUCUGAUGUGUCCUGGGUUGAGGGGCCUUCCUGGAGUGUCAGGGUCUCUGGGCAUCGUCCAUUCAGGGCGCAGCAUGGCUGUCACAAAGCUUUAUUUGAGGAAAUUAUUUUUUCACUUCAGGAGACUUGUACGAGUCUGUUUCCUGUUUCAAAUGUGUGUGUGAUAUGCUGUUUAUUUAUCAGCUGAGGUCUGUGGGGGCGGCCUUGUGACUGGAAGGGUGGAUAUGGGAGACACAUUCUCCACCCGCUCCGAGCCUGGUCCUCUCGCAGGAAUGCUGCUGCUGCCUCCGCCGCCACCUCUUAUAUGUUUCAGACACUCUCUGCCCAGACUCAUUUUUAACUGGAAAUCAUCACAGCGGUGGGAUAUCAGAGCUCCAGACAGCACUGCCUCUCCCUACCCACCCCCCCACUGCCCCCAUCUUAAUGUGAAUUUGACUGAUGAAUGAGGAGCGUUUCUAAUAAAGUUUGUCAUUCAGUCCUUCA